AUGGAAGAAACCAAAUAUACAAUUGUUGUUUACCAUAAUGACAAUGAACAGAUUAUACUUGCAGGGUGUGAUGAUAAAUAUUUAGUAUAUUUAUCACAAUUUAGAGAAAAAUGUAGUAGUUUUUAUAAAAAUAAUUGUGCGCACAUAUGCAAUGAACGUAAUGAAUUAAAAAAAUAUAUAUUCAAAAUAAAAAGUAAGUGUCCUACGCAAAUUUCUUCCUAUUCUAAUCUGCAUGUAAAAAAUGAGGGAAAGGAUUUCUAUGAAGGAUGUACUAGUGAAUGUAAAUACAGUAAAAACACUCAAUGUUAUAAUGAAGGAUAUGUUGUGCUAAAAUCAGGCGAAGAACUAUUAUGUGAAGGAAACAACCUUAGUAAAGAAGAAACAGUUACAAAAGUUGAAAAGUCUAAGUUACAAUCAAUAUUGGAUUCACAGUUUUCGGAACCCCGAAGUUCAAAAAGUGAUAAUCACGAAAAACCAGAUGAAAAGCCUACUGCCGUGAUUGAAUUCAAAUCAGAAUAA